AUGGUGACAAGAAAAAGGUUUGUGAAUUUGGUUCAAUUCGUUUACUUUACAUCUAGCUUUGAACCAAAAAAUGUGAAAGAAGCUUUGAGUGAUGAGUCAUGGAUAAAAACAAUGCAAGAGGAAUUAGAACAAUUCACAAGAAAUGAGACAUGGACUCUUGUUCAUAGACCAAAUCAUACCAAUGUUAUUGUUUUCUCUCUUUCUCGCGCAACCAUGGUGAAAACUAGAGGAAGUGGCUCUCAGUCUAUCAAGGAUUUGAAGGGCAAAGUCGUGGUCAUUCCUGACCUUGAAACCGCCAAAGCUCCAUCUGGACCUCCUUCAUCGGCGGUUCCACUCACCACUAUUUCUGGGUCUUCCAAAAAGGUCCGAGCAUCACUCUCUGAUGAUGUCUCUGAUCAUGAAGUUGCGUCGGCCAAAACCCAUUCUGACUCCACCGAAUCUCCUGAUGUUCUUGCACCCGAGAAGAAAAACAAAGGGUGGUUCCAGGUUUCCUCUUCUCGAAAAUUCCCUCAGUCGAAAGGUACUAAUCCUUCGGAUUCCACUCCAAAGGCUUCUUAUUCCAUGGGUUCCACUCCUCUCUCCACGUUUCGAACAAAGGUGAAGAAUAUUCCUCCACCUUGUUCCUCAUCUGAAUCUGACCCAUCUGAAUCUUUUGCACCCUCUGAUGAUGAUCCCCUUGAAGAUGAUGCCUCAAUUGAUGAUGAUGUUGCAUCCAAAGUCGAAUCUGACCCAUCAGAGGACCCUUCUAUUUCUCCAAAGCAUUAUGUGCAUAGAGAUGUUAUUUGUGAGAAAAAAAUUAUGUUCUCUGCCCAUAGAGUGUUUGGGGUCAUUAAGAAUAUUGAGGAUAGAGUGUGGUUAGGAUCUUUAAUCGGGUUUGAUGGUUUUGUUCCUCGGGUUGUUCACGAAUUCUAUGUUAAUCUUAAUGAUGAUUUGUUUGAUAGCAAGUCUUUUAUGUUUGGUCAAGUUUAUGUUCGGGGCCAUUGGUAUUUGUUUAGUGUUGUUGAAAUUGCCAAGGUUCUCAAUGUGACUUCUGUUGUUAUCAAUGAUGUUGUGGAUUUUAACAAAGAUAAGAUUUUAUCUGAGUUGGUGGGAGAACAUAUGGUUUGGGAACAACACUCAGUUCUCAUAGUGACCGAUCUUACUCAUUACUAUGCCAUGCUUCACAAAUUUUUCAUCAACAGCUGGAUUCCCACCACUCAUACCUCCACCAUUACCUUUGACACGACCUUCUUUCUGUUCAAUGUCGGGACUGGUCUACAAGUUGAUCUUGCUACCCUCAUUUUUUAUCAGAUCACUGCCUUAGGAAAAGCCAAAAAGAAAGGCCAAUAUUUGGUCUUUCCUCAUUGGAUCUACAAGUUGCUUGAUUCUAAAAAGCCUCUCUGGUUGGAAUAUGAAAUCGUGACACCUCCCACUGCCGGUUGUUAA